AUGUUUGGCAAUAGACCAAAUGCGAAGAAGCCCGACGAGGGCCUCAUCCAAAAAUUCCAAGAGACCUUUUCAGAUGUUGUCCGACCUAUUACGAGAUUUGAUCCUCCAACGAGUCCUGCAAAAAAUGCCUUACAUCCAAGCUUUGCUUCAGUCGUGCAAGCCACCCCAGGCCUUCGCUUCACGCCAUUUUUGGAUGACUACUCGCUCGAUAUGCCAAAUACUGCUCGAGCUCUCCAUGACCUCGAUUCAUGUGGCUUCAAUACGGUGUUCCAUGGCCCGGCUGGUGAUUUACACACGCCCAAUUUAGGGUCGAGUCUGAUAACUCCUAAAACACUUCUUGAACAAUUUGCGGUCACACCUUUGCAUAUAAACAAGACUCCCCUUUCUUCUAGCUUGGAUCCGCGAUACAUGAAUGCGCGCCAGCCCCAAGGUAUUAUUUGGAAUGAUCAAGUUAAUGCGUACCCAUCCAGUUUAUGUACGCACUCCCAAUUUGCGGAGGGUAUAGUCGAAGGAUCUAGCGAACAGCUGCCUCAAGAUGAUUUUGUAAAUCCAGAACAAUUGCUCGCUGAGCUCGUCUCACCUAAAGAAAGUCAUCCGGGGAUUGAACAAUUACCACAUACUUCCACUGAGUUUAGAUAUCAGGUGACUCUCAAUACACCCACCGCGAUGAUCCAAGAUCUGAAAGAUGUGCCAGUGACCUAUCUCAAUAAAGGUCAAACAUACGCUAUAACUAUCACUGACUUAAAGCCUCACCCAUUAACCCAGGGAAUAAUCAAAUAUCGGACCUCGAUCCGCGUCUCUUUCGAAGAGCGGGAACACGUAUCAAAGCCUUCUGCUUAUUGGGCUUUGUGGAAACAGAAUCGGGGCCAUGAAGCUCAUCGAGAAUUCGGCAAUUUAUAUGCGGUCGAGUUUGUGGAUCCAAAAGAAGAUGAAGACCAACUCUACUCCAUCGAGCUAGAAAAGGUUGACCUCGACGGAUUCGUUGUUACAUGGUACGCGGAUGCAAGUACUGGAAGAUUUGACUGCACUAUGGGCGUCCGAUUCCACUUCCUGUCAACGGAUUUCAGCCACUCCAAGGGCGUGAAAGGGUCUCCUCUCCGUCUAUGCGCCAAAACUGAGACUGAGGCUCCAGACACAGCCGAGCUGAGUUUUUGCAAAGUGAAACUAUUCCGUGAUCAUGGGGCCGAGCGUAGAAUGUUCAAUGACGUUUCUCAGCUCAAGCGAGCAAUUGAAAAGCGCAAGGCAGACUUUGACAAAGCCGAAAGUGGAAGUGACAGCCUUGGAAAACGGAAACGGGGUAGUAUCUCGGCCGUUGAUGAGAGCGAGAGAGAUAUUACAGGAAAAUGGAAGGCUCAACUUCAAAUCAGUCGGGAUGCGGAACUGGCGAAGAUGAAAAGCAUCUUCUAUUCUAAUCAUCCUGUGAGCCAUUUCGGUCUUCCUGGGGAGGCGAAAGAUGAUCCGGAUUUAUUCCCGAUUCAUAUGGUCGAUGAGGUGCAACCGCCUAUCAAAAUUGACCAGCGAACUCUGCCAACUCCAAGCUUGACCUCAAAAUCGACCAGUGUUUCGAGCAAUCGGUCAGCUGGUUUGAUGGAGCGCCAGCAAAUUGGAAGCAGUGACUCGUCAGUUGGAUCUGGUCAUUCUGGGAGUCCCUCUGAGCACGCAACGACAGCACAAAGUAGCCCCGUUCCCGUUCCAGGGAUGUCUUCCGAAAAUGCCGAAAAGUCCGAUGCACCGGGCGUGAAUCACCUGCAAAUACCAUCGUCAAAAUGUAUAUAUAUCCGUUUUCGACAGGACGAUAUACGCCUGGAUGAUUACCACACUGCGGUAUAUCUCCUAGAGCUGACAGUGCAUGAGAUGAUUGUCAAAAUCGCUCAGAAACGCCACUUCGAUCGUGAUCAUGGCGUUAAUCUGUUUUGGGUUAAAUCAGACGGUAUGAAGAUACUCGUUGAUGAUGAUGUGGUUCAGCGGAUUCCAGAUGGCCAGAACAUGACUGCUGAAGUGCUUGAGCCCGGAGCUACCAAUAGCGGUUUAGAACCUGCAGCCGUUGAGGUCAAAUUGUACUUCUGA